GACCGAUUGUCUUUUAUUCGGCCCAAUCGUGUUUCAUUGCACAUGUUCAUCGAUUUCUUAAGAAUUUGGUAAAAGUGAAACAAAUUCUUAACUAAAAUGGGAGCAAUAGCCAGCAGGUACCGUGUAUCAAACGCGGGUCUCACUAACGCGGACAUACAGAAUAUAGAAAAUGCUAACAAACGUGAAAACCCGGGAACUUUGGAUGAACUCCAUAAAAAAACUAAAGAUGUAUUGCCAGUUAACUUUGAAGGCGGUAAACUCAUGGUCAAUAAGGGAAUCUCCAACCAUUUUCAGAUGUCCCACACCUUAACAAUGAGCUCAAUGCAAAAUGGUUACAAGCUGGGUGCAACAUAUAUCGGUACAAAGCAAAUAUCGCCAACCGAGGCAUUUCCUGUUGUGCUGGGUGAUGUGGAUCCCGCCGGAAAUGUUAACUUCAAUCUAAUACAUCAACUAACCCAAGACGUCAGAGUUAAAGUUGCUGCACAGGUUCAAGAAUGCAAGUUGUCAGCGACCCAGGGCACAGUUGAAUACAAGGGUUCGGAUUAUACUCUAGCCCUGGCCGUCGGUAAACCUGACUGUAGUGAUAAAUCAUCUGUGUUUGUUGGACAUUACUUGCAGUCAGUCAGUAAGCAUCUAACCCUGGGUGCGGAGCUAGUGUAUCAGAGCAGCGCACGCAUAGCCGGAGGAGAGGUGGCCAUCGCCUCGGCCGCAGCAAGAUAUACUAUGGAUGAUUCUGAGGUAUCGGCAACGCUGGGAGCUGCUAGCUUCCAUGUCUGCUACUUCAAACAAGCUAGUGAACAAUUACAGGUGGUCGCUGAAAUGGAGACUUCGUUCAGGGGUAUGGAAUCAACAGGCACUAUUGGAUACCAAGUGACCAUACCUAAAGCGGAGCUUGUCUUUAGAGGCAUGGUAGACUCAAAUUGGAACAUCGGGGCCGUUCUGGAGAAGAAACUCCAGCCGUUGCCGUUUACGUUUGCUCUGUCAGGUAUGAGCAACCAGGCCAAACAGCAGUUCAAGUUUGGUUGCGGUCUGAUCAUCGGAUAGUUGUGAACAGUUGUGAUAAGUCGUGCAAAGUUGUCCAUUUGUAGAAAGUUGCCCUAUAUUGGUAUUGUGUGACAGUUUAGUGUAAUUUCAGCAUAUAUUUCUGAUACGCUGAAAUUUCAAGUGUUUCGACAUUGAGUUGUAUUAAAGCUUGGAGCCAAACAAACCGGGAAUACAUCCUAUGUAUAUAUUGACAAUUAUUCUGGAUGCAAUGUAUAUGUCGCUUCUACAUAAACAUUAUAUUCGUUCAGUUAAAUGUAAUUGAACUGACAUAAAAAAAAUUAUCAAGUAUAAAUAAUAAUAGUCGGUAUCAGAAAUGCGAGCAACUUGUGUUGUGAAUGUUUGUUUGCUGUUGGAAAUAUCACAAUAGUGUGUGUCCUUGUGUAUUAUUUUUUACAUAGAUGUCUGUUUUAAUAUUACACCGCUGCGGCUAAACCAGAACGGCAUUUACAAAUGCUCUAGGGUUAUUGUGUCGCUUGUGAUUUAAUUUUGUUAUAAUCUGUACAUCAAAUAUCUGUUAUAUUAGCUUCAUAAUGUAUUUAAAUAUUGCACAAUGAAGAUAAAAAUCUAUUUUAAUACCCAAUAAUUAUUACAUGUCACGCCAAAGGUUCGUAACCCUAGAGAGGUUUGGAUAUCAGUCAGUUGCUUGUGUGGCUCGUGUGUAGUUUAAAGGUGAAUGUACAUAGCAUAUUGUUGAACUGUUUAUUUUUAAUAGAGUUAUGUUAAUAAAUCAAA